AAAUGUCUUCAGGAGAAUAGACUUAAGAAAAGAAAACAUUGUUUUUAUCACUUGUUUAGAAAAAGUAGGCAGAGACAGAUGCAUAGAAAAUUUAGAAUCGUAUUUUAUAAUUGAAAAUGGAACAUGAAAAAGUGUUGAAACGCAUUUAAUAAGAUGAAGAAAGAGCUGAUGAAAUUUACAAACACAGGGUUGAAAUUUAAUUAAAGGUUUUAUAUACCUUUAUAUUUUGUUUAGAAAGAAAAUAAGUUAAAAUAAAAAUAAGCAUAACCUCUUCCAUUUUCACUGGCUGUAUCUCAACAUUAAAGAUAACUUUUAAAAAAAAUAAAGGAAGAUGAGUUAUUAAAAAAGAAAUCAGAAGCAAAAAUCUUUAGAGAACAAUUAAAAAAAGAUUUUUAGAGUGUUUAAAUGUAAAAAAGUUUAGAAUAGGAGGUUUAUCGAAUAAAAGCAAUUUAAGUAAAGGAAGAUGAGAGACAAUCUACUGAGGUUGCUGUUUAAAAAAUGAAGUAAAAGAGAGAAUUAGUGAGAUAUCAAAUAGAAAAUGAAAAGGAUAAGAUAAUUAAAGAAAAGGAGUUAUAUGAUUUUAAAAUAUCAGAAUUAGAGUAAUAAGAAUAAUGUGCAAUGAUGGAAUUACAGAAUUCUUUGGCUCAUCAAUAAUAUGUUUAAAAGAAAAUAGAGCAAGCAUAGAAAUUGUCUCCAAGUGAUUAUGAGAAACAAUAUCAAAAUAAUAAAAACUCAGAGACAACAUAAUGAUAAUUAUU